CAUUUAGCAGUUCAGUGCUUGUCACAGGUCUUGCCUAAUUGCACGCCAUUGAGCACGACAUAUGAACAGCAUUCAUUGCCUAGGGUUGCAUAGCGUGGUGUGCCAAGAUCUUAAGGUUGGAUCUGGUACCCGUACUCCGCUAAUUUUCCUCGCACUUAGCCGUGACGGGUCUUUUCAAUGUCAAAACUGGUUUAAUAGCGCUUAAAGCAAACUAUUGUCUGAUAUUUAAAUAGUUUAUUUUCAAAAGAUGAUUUGCGCAAUUUUUUAAUUUAUUUAUUUCCGCGAGUCGUAGGUCACGGCGAAUUGAAAUACAAAUUAUUCUAUAUUAAUGAAAUGUCGUAUUAUUAUUUAAAACUGGCCGCUUAUUCUAUUAGUGAUACGUUGUCUAAUUACGCGUAUUUAAACUUGCAUGCUUGUUGCUAGUUCGCCAGAAAUUUGUCAGUAGUCCGUCUGUCAUCGUCAUUUUGUUAAAUUACAGCCCGUAAAUAAGUAGUUUCAGAAUGGACAGCGCUUUGGCUUUGGAAAUCGAGCAGGUCUCGCGUCAGAAGGCGCUGGAGGAGGAAGCGCUUCGCGGCGAGUCGGCUGUGCGGCAGUUCUACGCGGGAACCACAGCGCUGAUCACUGGAGGCACGGGCUUCAUCGGGAAACAACUCAUAGAGAAACUUCUAAGAUCGUGCGAUGUUAAGCGGAUUUACAUAUUGAUACGAUCGAAAAAGGGACUGUCUAUGGAAGAAAGACUCCAGUUACAAUUUAAAGAUCCUGUAUACGACAAUUUACGGUCUCAACAACCAGAUUUUGCUCGGAAAGUGAUACCGGUCGAAGGCGACAUCUCAGAACUAGGCGUCGGCCUGAACGAUGAAGACAGGAUGAAGCUUGCGCAAGAGGCGAAUGUGAUAUUCCACGUGGCCGCCACGACCAGGUUCGAAGAGCCACUAAAGAAGGCCACAUUCAUUAACGUCAGAGGAACCAGGGAGAUCAUGGAAUUGGCCAAAUGCUGCAAAAAUCUAAGAUCCUUCGUACACGUGUCAACUGCGUUCUUCAAUGCAACUAAGAGCAGAAUAAAUCACACCAUCGAGGAGAAAUUCUAUGAAAGCCCUGUCCCUCCGGAAGUCAUGAUACAACUCGCGGAGACAGUUGAAGAAUGCAGACUCAACGCGAUCACUGCUGAUUUGAUAAGGGACUGGCCCAACACGUACUGCUUCACGAAGGCCAUAGCGGAGGAUGUCGUGCGUACAAUGGGCAAGGCUUUACCUGUGGCCAUAGUGAGGCCACCCGUAGUUGCCUGCACGCUCAAUGAACCCACACCUGGAUGGCUGGAUAUGAGCUCGGUGAUCGGUCCCAGCGGGAUUCUUUUAACCGCAGGCCUUGGCGUGACGCAUGUGGUUUUAAUAGGUGACAUAACGAUAGCGCUAGCUCCUGUGGACUACGUCAACAACACUGUAUUGGCGACAGCGUGGGAAACCGACAAACGUUUUAAAACUAAUGAAAAAGAGUCUAAGAUUUACAAUAUAAGCAACUCCAGAUGCACACUUGAGAAAAAUCUUUUGUGCGAUGUCCUGCAUCAUCCUAACACAAAACAGUACGCUACGCCGAAAGCCGUUUGGUACUGUUAUGGUUUUGAGACCGGAAGCGAUGUUGUAUUCUGGUUGUCAACGUGGCUGCUGCAUUACAUACCUGCGUAUGUAGCCGACUUCGUGUUUAAUGUGACCUCCAUGAAGCGACCUGAAGGCAUAAAGUCAUUCGUUAAAAUGUAUGAAAAGAUAUACAAAAUGUCUUUGUUGUACGGCUAUUUCCUGAGGAACCAGUGGAAUUUUGUCGAUGACAACACCGUGGCCAUGUUGAACCAAAUGUCAAAAACUGACAGGAUAUUGUUCAAUUUUGACAUUUCGAAGAUCGAUUGGCCGCGCUAUAUGCUGAUCUGGUGCAUCGGCUUGAGAAAGUUCAUCGUGAAAGACGGACUCAAAGACAGCGAGUAUGGAAUGAAGAAACAGAGAUGGCUGAAGAUAGCUCACAUUAGUUUUUAUACGCUGUUCUUUGGAGUCGUAUUUUCUUUGUUAUAUCUCGCCUGUAGAAUUUUUAUGUCUGUAAUUUGAAUACGAACGCCGCCGCGCCGCUCAGACACUUACGAAUUAGCACUUGUACUUGGGUUUGUAGGUUUUAUAUGUUUUGCAUUAAAAUGUACUUUGUAAAUUCGAUGUGAUAGAAAACUCAUAAAAGAUUGUCAAUUAAAAAAUUUUUUUUUCAAUGCUUCCUUCCUCUGCUUCAUAUCCGAAUCUUCUCGAAUUACUGUCCAGAGAACCGCCAAAAUGGCUUCGCACCCUUAGCUAAAAUUGAUGAGGCUACCAUUUACGCGCCGUCAUAUGAGUUUAGUAUAAUUCUUUAACAAAGGCGUCUCUAGGGCUUGUAGCGCCAAAAAUUACCCCAGCGCCCUCCAGUAAGCGCGCGGUUAAAAUAAAAUAGGUACAAUUGUAAUAUGUUCAUUAAAGGGACCCAGGGCGGUGCCCCCUAACACCGCUGCGCCCACACCUCUACUCGAUACAUGAAGCCGCCUCUAUUCUAUAACAAAACAAAAAUGUUAAAGAUGUUCAGAACAAAAUUCGGUCGACCAGUCAGCCAGAGGAGCGGAGCCCAUAGACAUCUACAACGUAAAUGCCGCCACCCACCUCGAGACAUGAGUUCUAAGGUCUCAGUUUUUACAGUACAACGGUUGCCCCACCCACCUUCAAACAGAAACGCAUUACUGCUUCACGGCAGAAAUAGGCAGGGUGGUGGUACCUACCCUACAACGCGUAAACAGUCAACCAAUCAUUUGAAAUAAAAUAUAUAACAGAUGUGACUAGGUAAUUUUUACCUACC